UCUCUCUCUCACACACAGUCACACACUUAUAGGCUUUCUCUUCUCCACUUUUUAUAUACCAUAUUGAAGUCAUCAACUUUUUUGCAAGUGUGCUGUUUCACUUGUGAGAGUGUAGUAGUAAGUGAUCAUACACUCUACUAUUAUUGAAACUUGAAUAGUACCUUUUUUUGCUACUACUUACUAACUAGAAGUAGUGGCUAGUAGCUUCUAUAUAAAGAGCAAGAGCUUCAAACUUCUUUUGCUUUGUUGAUCUCUAACCAGAUCAUAUUGAUCAUCAUCAUCAGAGUAGCCGAAUCGAAUCGAAUCCCAUCGCCACAGAUUGAUGGGGCGAUCUCCGUGCUGUGAUAAAGUUGGUCUUAAGAAAGGACCAUGGACUCCUGAAGAAGAUCAAAAACUCUUGGCUUACAUUGAAGAACAUGGUCAUGGAAGCUGGCGUGCUUUACCUGCUAAAGCUGGUCUUCAGAGAUGUGGGAAGAGUUGCAGACUUAGAUGGACUAACUACCUUAGACCAGAUAUUAAGAGAGGGAAAUUCAGCAUCCAGGAAGAACAAACCAUUAUUCAACUCCAUGCUCUUUUAGGAAACAGGUUACGACUUUACCUUGUUUGUUUUCUGGGCCGUACUUUUUUUUUUUUUGAAGUCUUUUGAAGCUGAUUCAGGUGGAUAUAUUACCAGAUACAUACAUGUGACAAUUGUUCAUAGGCAGUCUGUUAAUUUUGCAGAGUCCUAAAAUUACACCAAAGCUAGCUUCCUCAUUCUUAUUAAUGUUGUUAGUUACAAAAAUUUAAGAAUUUGUACUGUUGAAAAUGAUUACGAAUUGACCCUUCCUUUGGGUACUAUAUUGUUUUUUUUAAAGGUAAAAUGGUUUUUGAUCAGUGUGUAAAACUGACACAAUCCAAAAACAUUCCAAAUCAAGCAUUGUUCAUUGUUAGUCGUAGAAACACAUCAAAACUAUUUUUGUCACGUUGUGAAAUGGAUGUAUUCAGAAUUCCCGGGUUUUUAAAUUAACAAUUCAGAUGAUAAUUUUUAUAGACAAGAAGUACAUUAUUUUUUGUUGUUUAGUUGUAAUUUGAUCGAGGUGGUGGCUUUGUCGUGUACUCAGGUGGUCGGCAAUUGCGACACAUUUGCCCAAAAGAACAGAUAAUGAGAUCAAGAACUAUUGGAAUACCCAUCUGAAGAAACGGCUGGCCAAAAUGGGGAUUGAUCCGGUGACUCACAAGCCCAAAAGCGACGCCAUCUUGUCCGGCGACGGCGGCGGAGCCCAGUCCAAGCACGCCGCCAAUCUCAGCCACAUGGCCCAAUGGGAGAGUGCCCGGCUCGAAGCUGAAGCCCGGCUGGUCAGACAAUCAAAGCUCCGGUCAACCUCAGCUUUCCAUAGCCAGAGCCACCUCAUUUCCGGUGGUUCCCCUGAGUUUUCCGGUCCUCCUAGUCCUCUUAACAAGCAGAAUUCAGUUGGCCCUGCAGGACCCGGGUCGCAACGUUGUUUGGAUAUCCUGAAUGCCUGGAAUGGUACUAUCUGGAGUAAAAUGAAUGAUCCCGGUGCCGGCGGCGGGUUAGCCGGCGAUUUGGAGUCUCCGACGUCUACAUUGAGCUAUUCCGAGAACAAUGCUCCUCAGAUGUCUUCCACUAAUCGAAUUGGGGAAAGUUCCACGGCGUUCAUCGAAUUCGUCGGGAAUAAUAAUAAUAAUUCAUCCGGGUCAUGCGAAAUCAUGAAAGAAGAAGGUGAAGAGGAUUGGAAAGGGUUCGGAAGCCGGAGCAAUUUGCCGGACGGGAUUGAAAAUUCCAUUUCGUUUACGUCGGGGCUUCAGGAUCUUACAAUGCCAAUGGAUACUCCGUGGAACAGGGAGGAAAACCCGGAUGAUGAUCAUCAUCAUCACGCUCGUUCAGGUGGGAAUUUUGUGGAAAGAUUCACUGAUCUCUUACUCAGUACCGCCGGCGGUUCUGUGGAACAGAGCAGCUUCUCAGAGGGCUGUGGAGAAUCGGAUAACAACAACAACAACAACGGCGGCGCUAUUACUACUACGGCGACCGGAGCCGCGGGGCCCGGAAGUGAGUAUUUGGAAGAAAAUAAGAAUUACUGGGAUAGCAUUCUGAAUUUGGUCAAUUGUUCACCUUCUCAUACGCCCAUGUUUUGAGAAAUUAACUGAGAGGCUUUGUUUCUUCAUCAUCUUCUUCUUCUGCUACCUACCAGUGAUGAUGUUAUGGAAAAAAAAAAAAUCCUUUGGAGAGAAUGUUCAAUUGUCUCUAGAUUGAUUGAUCUCUGUCUUUUUCUUCCAUUUUAGUUUUUUUUUUUUUUAAUCUUUCUCAUAAUCUGGAUGAAUGGAUAUCGAUCUUUUUUCUGAUAAUGUCAUUAAUGUCAAUUACUAGGUAUGUAGUAGCUUCAGCUCAAAUGAUCAGUACAUCUUUCCAUUACAAGAUUUCUGUUCUUCCCUCUUUCUAUUGACUGUAACUCUGUAUCUCCUUUUCUUGGCAGUAAUUCUUCUAAUAAAAAUUUUUUUUAUGUCGA